GUACAGCCAAAGUGAAACACGCGGAAAGUAGUGCACACGAGGUAGCAUUAGCUCCUCUUGGAAGGCAGUUUGAAAACAGCUUUGGUGUUUUAGGUAAAUAUUUGUGUGUGUUCAGUAAAAAUGUCUUCAGUUCCGCCUCAGAGAGAGUUUAUAAACGAGCAGGAAACUCCUGCUGAAGAAACAUUUACAGAUUUGAAAGAAAUCAACGUCAAGAUCGAGGAAGAGAUGGAGGAUCAGACAGAAAUAAACGUUAAGCCCGAGGAAGGGAUGAACGAUCAGCGCAGACUGCUGGGUUUCAGCCGGAUACCGAAGCUAAUCUUACACCGGAUAGAUUCCCUACAGUGCUGGGUGUGUAAAGAGGAGGAGGUUCUGAAUGAAUUCAGCAACCAGGACAGGAAGUCCACUUCAUAUAAAGAAGAACCUGAACAUCAAGAGUUCAAAGAGGAAGAGAAGCCACUCUGCAUCAGUCAGGAUGAAGAACAACUUGUGCUGAAACAGGAGACUGAUGACAUUUCGAUGAAUUCUAAUGUGCAAAGAAUCCACAAUGAAACAGAACCAUGGAGGAACCAACUCAUCUCUCAUGGUUCUGUUGAGGAUGAGAACCAGGAUCAGGAAGGAAGGAAUUCUGAAGACCCAGGAAAAAAGAGAGAUGAAGAACAGAAACAAAAUGAGAGAUGUCAGAAAACCAAACAGGAGAAAAGUAAAACUGACAGUUCCAAACAAAAAAGGCAAAAAAUGAUGGAUCACAUGAGAAUUCACACAGAUCUCCCACAGUGCUGGGUGUGUAAAGAGGAGGAGGUUCUGAAUGAAUUCAGCUACCAGGACAGGAAGUCCAGUUCAUAUAAAGAAGAACCAGAACAUCAAGAGUUCAAAGAGGAAGAGAAGCCACUCAGCAUCAGUCAGGAUGAAGAGCAGAUUGUGGUGAAACAGGAGACUGAUGACAUUUUGGUGAAUCCUCCUAAUGUGCAAAGAAUCCACAAUGAAACAGAACCACAGAGGAACCAACUCAUCUCUCCCGGUUCUGCUGAGGAUGAGAACCAGGAUCAGGAAGGAAGCAAAUCUGAAGACCCAGGAAAAAAGAGAGGUGAAGAACAGAAACACAACAAAAGAUGCCAGAAAGAUCUCCCACAGUGCUAUGUGUAUAAAGAGGAGGAGGUUCUCAAUGAAACAGAACCACAGAGGAACCAACUCAUCUCUCAUGGCUCUCCAGAAGCUGAGAACCAGGAUCAGGAAGGAAGCAAUUCUGAAGACCCAGGAAAAAAGAGAAAGAAAGAACAGAAACAAAAGGAGAAAUAUGAGAAAACCAAACAGCAGAAAGGCAGAACUGAUACUGAAAAACAAAAGCACAAGAAAGCUCAACCAGGGCAAAAGUUAUAUUCUUGUAAAAUUUGUGAUAAAACUUUUUUUAAAGAGAGAUACUUGACGAGACACAUGAUGACUCACACAGGAGUAAAACCUUUCACAUGUUCAACCUGUGAAAAAAGUUACAGUGAAAGAGGAACUUUAACUCGGCACAUGCGAAUUCACACAGGUGAGAAGCCAUUCUCUUGUGGGACCUGUAGAAAAAGUUUUGCUCGAAAAGAUUAUUUAAAUUUUCAUAUGAAAAUUCACACAAGUGAGAAGCCUUUCUCAUGUGAGACCUGUGGAAAGACUUUCAGGUUGAAAAGGCUAUUGGUUGAUCACAUCAGAAUUCAUAUGGGUGAGAAGCCUUUCUCUUGUGGGACCUGUGGAAAAAGUUUCACGCAGAAAACAGCUUUAAAUGUGCAUAUGAGAAUUCACACAGGUGAGAAACCUUUCUUAUGUGGGAACUGUGGAAAACGUUUCAGGAUGAGAAGUCAUGUACUUAGACACUUAAAGAUUCAUAUGGGCGCGAAACACUGACAUGCGGAGAGGUUCAUAGCUGGUGAGGCUCUGACUUACGAUGUGUAAAUUUAGACACCAUGUUAUUAUUUACGUACUGAAAUUUUGCACCGGCAUAAAACACAGGAGGGCAAAAUGACUAUUCUUUUAUGUCAUCCAUAUCGGCGCUAAUUUAAGAAAUAUUAAAGAAUGAACUGUUGAC